GGAAGUCCUCAAUUACCUAAAAAACUAAACUUUGUUAAAACCCAUUUUCUUAGUGCUUUCCUUCAACUUUAUUCAAUUGAAUUUCUCCUCAAAAGCUGAAACUUUGAAGAUAAGAAAACAGCAAAAUUUAGGAAAACAGAGAAAGAGAGAGAUGGAGUGGUGUGUGGGUUUUAAUGAUAAAGAAGCUUAUAUAAGCUUUGUUGUAUUCAAGCCAAUGGUAUUGGUUAUAGAUGAUUUUGUUGAAGCUCUCAAACAAUUCUCCUUCUCCACCAAUAAUCUUGGUUGUAUUCAGAGUUCUGUUCUGAAGAGUAUCCAUGGAAAUAUGAUCAUAUGGUGUGGAAUUUGGGCAAAGAGAUCAAUUCAAAACACACAAUUAUUAUCUGAAACACUUCUUCAAAUCUUGAGAAAAACAUCAAAUAUGGCAACCUUAAUCGAUCUUAGUUUCUUCGAAGCUUAUGGCGGAGAGUCCAUGGAUGGUUCUAAUGUUAUAAAAUUUACAAGUAAAAGCAUCAUAUCAAUGAUUUCAAUAGCUGCAAAAUGUGGUGAUAUAAACGAUUUGUCUUACGCUUGCUUGGCAAUAUUCAAAUCUCGAUUUCGAAAGAUUGAGGGAGUAAGCUCUGGAAUUUGCUUAAAAUCUCAAAAUGGGGCAACAGUUGUUUCACUCUAUGUUUGGAAUUCUCCUUUUUAUUGUUACUCAUGGAUCUUGAAUUCGGAUCAUUUGAAUUCAAUGUUACCUUAUCUUGAUCGUUUCUCUCUUUGUAUUAAAUAUGAUAUAUAUCAAGUGGUGAAUGUAAGUGAUGAAAAUGUGCCUAAUUUUAAGGAUUUGGAUGUGAAAUAAAGAAAAGAAGGCAGAGGGGGAAAAGUACAAAUCUUGUGAUGUGAAAUAAAGAAAAGAUACUCCAAAGUAGAUUGUUUU